CGGGCGACGGCUCACUCGAUCCGCACCUGCAGGCGGACAUUGAGCAUCACCGAGGCCACCAUGUAGAAGUAAGGGAAGUUCACGCGCAGCCGCCAGGCCAGGUCGAAGAAGCUUCAGUGGAUUCGCGCCCUCCCGCCAGACCUGCAGCUGCUCAGCUCCGCCUACUCGCUGCAGGAUCUGAAUGAUGGAGAUGGAGACCCCGCAGCAUGCUUGCAGACUAGUCUCAGAGACCCGUAUCCUCAGGAUAUGUGGCCAGCCAAACACUGCACCUUUCUUGAAUUCAAAUAGAAAUGUAACUGUACCAUGGAGUGCUACCGAACCCAUAUUCAGUGCCAUUGGAGGCCUGCUGAAGGAGGCCAGAGGAUGUCCGAACCCCUGGAACUGGAGUUAGAGGUGGUUGUGAGUGCACUAAUAUGGGUUCUUGGAAUCACACCUGGGUCCUCGUGAAGAUUGAUGACACACAAACCAUGCAGGGAGUUGCGACAGGGUCCUGCAGUGACUAUGGUUGCAUUCACGAGCGCAUCCUCUUCAAUGCUGGUGUCAUGCCAGGCAAUGAACCUCUGCAAGUUAAACCAAAGGUUCCUGCACUUACGGAAGUAGACCAAAUCACUCACGGAUCUAAUGCAAUCACAGCGGAUGCUUACUGUGAUGGCCAUGGUGAUGACCCGUCAGCAUCUCACAUGACAGUGUCACUUGACUGUAUCACCUCUCUGAUAGAUGAUGCUGACCAUAUUAAUCACGAACUGUCUUUCUCUUUAGACAUUGUCUGUAAAGAUUUUGAACCUUAUAAGGGUGACCUGGUAGAAAUUGAGUUUUCUGAGCAGCAAGACACACAGAGCAGGAAGGCCAUCUUGAUGAAGCCUCUGAAACACCAUCAUGUAAAUGAGGUUUGCGUUACCAGAGUAGAUGGAAGAACUGGGGUGCUGGAAGACACCAUCUUUUUCACCUUGGAUUCCCUUAAACUUCCUUCUGGAUAUGUGCCUCAACUAGAUGAUAUUGUCAAUGUGGUCGCUGUGCAGAGCAUUCAGUCUCAGUAUUUGUGGAGAGCAGUCAUAAUGGCCCCAGUACAAGGAACAUAGGAACCAAGCCUUUUGUAUUUCUUCUUCAGUGUUAUUUCUAUGUGUAGUGAAGGGCCUACUUUAAUGCAAUAGUUUGAAUUAGUAAGCCAAAAUGUAUGUUAACUAUGUUUUUACUUGAAAACACCCUGGUAAUUUUGUUGGAAGUGUGGACUCACUUUAGGAAGGUGCCUGAUCUAUUCAGAGACAUACCCAAACUGGCUUUUGUGUACAGCAAAGGAACAACACUUCAUAUUAGGUUAAAUUCUGUUUUCCAUGGUCAGGAAUGUAUUAUGUGCUGCUAGUGGCCUUGUUUGUCCUUUGAGUAACAUGCAGAGGGAGGCCAGCAAGUGAAUGUGUGUAAUUUAAAGGCACAGAUGCCUUCAAUUCCGAUCCCCUUAUGCUGUGUACAAUGUUUACUUUUUCCAUAGCAUUUUUCAUUUCCCACUGCCUACUCAGUUUGUUAAAUUUAACACCAAUCUAAUAGAGCCCAUCCUUCCAUGUUAGAAUGCUAGAUUCAUACAUACAGGGUUUUGGCUUAUCCAUUAGCUUCUCAGCCAGUGUCUGAUAGUUGGGGCAGACCACAUAUUAUUAACUUUAAUAAUAAUAAACGAGUUGUCUGAGCAGCAAUA